AUGUACAUUACUUCAUCGAUAAGAUUCAUCAUCCUCUUGUUGGUGAAUCUCUGCAUUACUCUGGGAUUAAGGGAAAGGGCUAACGAGGGUAGUAGGCAUAUUAAUCCUCGGCGACUGGGGGGAAGGCAGAAGAUGUUCCUUUUCUACAAAUCCAAUGCCAUCAACGAGAGACCUUGUAAUUGUCCUACGCAGCAAUCUUGCAGCUGCUGUGAGGAUGUCACACUUCUGCUCAUCAGAGCGCAAAGAAGACUUUGUGCUAAUUUAAUGUAUCAACGGAAUGGCCUAAACAUUGAUAUCUCGCUGGAUUCGAAUACUGUGAGAUCGAUGACUGUAACAAAUUACAGACCCCUCAAAAUCUGCACCCUGAUACCCGGAAGUUUAUUCUCCGGAGUCUGCCUCAACCUCAUCGAGUUGAACGCAUUCCCACGAUCGCUAACCGUCUGCCCGCGAUUCCAAAUAACGACAAAGGAUCAGGAGUGGAGGAUCAAUUACACAUGCGUGAGCAUUUCGACAGAGCUGCCAAUGGCUAAUGGAACAUCACCGAUGAAUGGAAUGCCGAGUAUGAUGGGUUCUAUGAGUUCAAUGGGUUCGAUGGGUCCGAUGGGUCCGAUGAACCAAAUGAUAAUGAGUCCUCAAGGCUCAACCACAUCAUCCCCAGGUACAACGCCUGGUCGUCCUGCACAAGGAGGGUCACCUGGAGGACAACCUGGAGGGGCACCUGGAGGACAACCUGCAGGGGCCCCUGGAGGGGUACCUGGAGGACAAUCUGGAGGGGCACCUGCAGGGGCCCCUGGAGGACAAUCUGGACGUUCACCUAGAGGACCACCUGGAGGGGGACCUGCAGGGGCCCCUGGAGGACCACCUGGAGGAGCUACUGGAGGACCACCUGAAGAGGAAGCAUUUUCAGAGAUGCCAGAAUCAACAGGAGCUGAAGAAAUGCCUGAUGACACUUCCAUCGCAGUUUCAGGAGCUCUCACUGCGCCGAAUAUAGGGCAAUCGUGGUUGAAAUCAUAUGGAGCCAAAGAUCGUACAAAAUACUUCCCCAGUCGUCUUCCACCAGCUUAUGCAGCCAGUUUUGGACAUAAUUUCACUUCAGUAAAUUCGUAA